AUGGCGACAGAUUCGUUCAUCAAGUUAAAUCCAAUCUCCAUUAAUCGUACCCGCUACAACCUCCGAGAAAUUUCCGGUGUAAACCCUAAAAGUGUCUCUUCUCUGUGCUGCAUUAGCCCAAGAUUGAUAUCUCGCAGCAACUUCAACCUAAGGACAUUGAUCUCCGGCCAAAAUGAUAACAUAUUGCUUCCCAAGAAAAAUAAACCGGCGAUAAUCCGAUGUCAGACAAGUCUUGGGAUUGGAAGGAACCAAAAAUGGUGGGAGAAGGAACUGAAACCGAACAUGAAGUCGGUGACAUCAGCGAUUUCUUUACUUAACGCCGGCGAUAAACUAGUCGUCGUAGAUUUCUUCUCUCCCGGUUGUGGUGGCUGCAAAGCUCUUCAUGACCAGAUAUGUAAAAUUGCAGAGAAUAAUCCAGAGGUUGAGUUUCUACAAGUGAAUUAGGAAGAACAAAGAAGUCUAUGUCAAAGUCUUAACGUUCAUGUUCUUCCCUUCUUCCGAUUCUACCGUGGCUCCUCAGGCCGCGUUUGCAGCUUCAGUUGUACUGAUGCUACGAUAAAGAAAUUCAACGAGGCAUUCGAGAAGCAUGGGAGGGAACAAUGUAGCAUUGGAAAGGCAAAGGGGCUCGAAGAGAAAAAAUUAGUCGCCAUGGCUUCAAACAAAGACCUAUGGUUCGAUCAUAAACACAAAACUAAAUGA